AUGGAGGAAGACUUUUUGAAACUGGAACAGGGCAAUCGGACAGUACGAGAAUAUACCGAAAGAUUUACUGAACAUUCCCGGUUUGCAGAACACUAUAUCGCUUUUGAAACUAGAAAGGUUGAGAGGUAUAUCUGGGGUUUAAAACCCUCAAUUCGAGAGUUUGUAAUUGGCAUGAGUGCUGCCACUUUUCCAUUAGUAGUAGAUGCUGCUGAAAUGAUUGAUAGAAACAAGAAUAGGCAAGGAGAAGAAAAAGUGAUUGAAAAGAGAAAGUGGGAAGGGUCUUGGACUGGUUUUCCGAGGGCCAAAGUCUGCAACAAUAGAGAACCGUCCUAUUCAACCUUUGUUGAAAGAGCAUGUCCCAGAUGUCGCCGAGUUCAGCAGGGUGACUUUAAUAUGGAUCAAACAAAGUGUUACCAGUGUGGCGAGUCAGGUCAUCUAUCUAGAAAUUGUCCAACUCUUCGAAGAUGUUUCCAAUGUAAUUCACCUGGUCAUAUUAAACCGAAUUGUCCUCAGUUGAGAGCUCCACGAUUAACCAUGGGAGGAAAUGCUCCGAGUACUCGUGGAAGACUGGAGGAAAUGCUCCCAGUACUCGUGGAAGACCGAAUAUGCAAAAAGGAAGACCGCUAG